AGUAAAAUCUUGUGCGCGAAAGAAGGGAAAGGAUCGAGAAAUAGAUUUAAAAGUACUGUGUCGAUGUUUGUUUGGGAAGACAUGACCAAAACAAUUGAAAUUCGAUGAUAGACACAGGUUUUCGAGUUAUCGAGGUCCCACUGUAUUAUUGAAUCCACGUACGUUCAAGCAACACCAUGGCUGCAACAAUAAUUGCCUUAGCAGUUUCUACACUGUACAUUGUACUUACAAGUCUCAUAGCAUAUUGGAUGAGAAGAUACACGAACUAUUACAUACGGGAUCAAUUUGUAAGGUCCUUGUUCUUAGAGGGCAUUGCUACCGGUGAGCUGUGUGGAGCAUGUUUCGAAUUGAUAAUAAUUGCGGAGAAUUGGGGCGUCUCUAUAUACGGCGUAUAUUUAUUCAUAUUGACGAUUUGGUGGUCCAUGAACUGGGGCGAUGCCACUGCUUGCCCGUACACACACAUCGAGGAUGUUGUCGAGGGAACGAAAUCGAUCCGCGACGCUUUUCUUUUGAUAUGGGCCGAACUUGUCGGCGGUCUCGCCGUUUUUAGAUACAUUCAAUUACUUUGGGCACUCGAAAUCGUUUCAACGCACAAAAACAAAGCGUUCGAAGAUUGCACUACUGAUUUACAAGUACGAUCGUCUGUACUACGUUAGUUCAUUAGUAUUAGAAAAAUUUGGUUUCUUUUCCUAUUUUUAUGGAGUUCUUUUCCUAUUUUCAAGGUGCCUGUAAUAUUUGGAGCAUUUAUCGAAUGCGUGGCGACUUGUAUAUAUAGGGUAGUAUCACGUGGUUUGAGUGAGAUAAAUUCCAAUAUUAGUGUCAUUCUCGAUUCCUUCAUCGGAACAACUUUGGUUAUUGCAGGUUUGAACAAUUUUUAAAUAUUAUCAAUCGGUACAAUCCUUUUGUUUUUGAUUUCAGCUUUCGAUUAUUCUGGCGGCUACUUUAAUCCGGCGCUUGCCACUGCCUUGAAAUACGGAUGUUUGGGAACUUCUUUUAUGGAGCACGUGAUAGUUUAUUGGAUCGGCGCAUGCGCUGGAUCCAUAGCUUCUUUACGGGUUUAUAGGUUACCGGUUGUUCAAAGCUACGUGCAACAGUAUAAGGAGAAGACGCUUUGAGUCGUUGACGAAGAAACACUGGGUGGUCGUUACUCGAGUUUCAUGAUUUUAUGUUCACUUUUCCGUUGUUUAUUUAACUUGCUCCGUGCUUCCUGUCCAGGUUACAAUCUAUACAGUAGCGUGUGAGUUUAUAGUAAGUUAAUUUAGAUGCGGCCUUCCAGAUAAUUAUGUACAAAGAACAUUUCCGCACAAAUGAAUCCUCACAAGUAAUCACCCUUUACUCAGGUUUGCAGUGACAUUUUCGGUGAAAUAUUAUAUAUAUAUUACUACAUUUAUAGGUUAAAGUAAUUGAUAGUGAAUGAUGUGCCUAAUGUAUU